UCAUCUCCAUCGCGCCCGCCCGCCGCUCACUCGAUCAGUCAGUCGCGCGUCGGUUUGUGGCAGCCGUAUACCUAACUUGGAUAUUUCUAGUAAUUAAUACAAAAAAUCAGAACAAUCAUGAGUACCAAUGAAAAGAACAGUGAAGUGGCAGUAGACAAGGUCGGUGACGAGAAGACCGGAGAAGCAAAAAGUGACCUAAAAGGAGCCAAAAGGGCAGCAGAGGAAAAAACAGUAGAGGCGAAAAAAGCGCGAAAGGAAGAAAAUGGCGGCGGUGGGGAAGACGAAGGGCACAGUGACGAGGAAGACUUUGAUGGAUACGUAGUAGAGGGUGACGGAGACGACGACGACGAUGAAGAAGUUGAAGGCGAGGAAGGUGAAGAAGACGAGGAAGAAUUAGGGGAAGGCGAGGACGACGAUCUCGAAGAUGACGAAGUAGAAGAAGAAUUAUUAGGGGAAGAAGAGGAGGAUGACGCGUAAUACGCUCGUGCUCUUGAUAAGGACAAUGUCACAGUGAAGUAAUAUAGUGUAUGUGGCGCCCCGGUGUGGCGGCCGCGCUUCGCCCCAACGGCUGCAGGAGCCCGAAGCGGCCAGUUGGGAACACGCGUGGCCGACAUCACUCCCACCUAAAACGGGUGCACUUUUGAAUGACAAAAAUUAAUUAAGUCUAUCCCAAUACAGAUUUUUUAAUAUUUAAGUUCGGUACUCGAAGCUGUAUCAAUUUUUCACGAUUCUGCAACAAUUUAUUAAUUAAGACUUAGUAGAAUACUGUUGAAUUUUGUCAUGAAAUGUACAAAUGUGUUUUGGGAAGUAAACUUUAUUUCUAAGUGGAAUUCACUCUGUAUUUAGGUUAACCUGUAAGCCCGAAUGGUGAAGUUGUGAUAUUUUUCUAUACACAGUACCAUAAAUAUUCACAUGGGAACAGAAAUAACCCGGCACGGCUGUAUUGAUUAAUUAUUAAUGUAGAGAAUAAGCGAUUAAGUCACAAAGCUCAAUUCUUCAUUUUUUUGUUGUCGAUGAGAGUUUGUGUGUACAUAUUUUAGUGUAAGGGAAGCCUGAGAGUUUUAAUCAGUAAAUGUAAAAUAGUGUGGUUAUUGACUUAAUGCAUUCAAGACAACUUGUUUUUAAUAAAUGGUAACGUCGUUGUGUUUUCUAAACCUUCGCUUCUUCGUCGACUCCUUAAACUCCUUUCGUAUAGUGAAAUCGUUGCUAUGGCAUUCGGAUGGGCUAAUAUAAAGUUUCGGGCUGAGAGGCACUCGAGGAGUUUGGCGCCGACGUCGGAGUGUAUCGCCGGCAUCGUGCGCGGUGCGAAUAUUAGAAAAACAUCACAAUUUUGCCAUUAUCUCUAGACUAGCACAUCGCGCCCGCCGCCCGCUCCCUGCGACUGAUAAAGAGAGCGCGACGGUCGUCGCGGCGCGAUAGCGACGCUGACACCCAAAACCUGUCACUUUGUCCAUAAUGAUAGCUUAGCGUAGCUCCCGCAGUUCGGUAUUCCAUUAUUUGAGGUGUGUAAUGCUAAUGAGUAAUGAGAGAUUCGUAGGUUAAAGAGAAUUAGCGUGUAGGUCGGUAGGUUGUGCCGGAGGGACGCCAGGCGGCCAGCGGCGGCGAGGCCGGCAGGGAGGGCGAGCGGCGUCGGCCGCGUGGCCUCGUUCGAUUUGCGCCCCCCCUCGCCGCGCUGCGCCGCGUCUACGCGCGCCGCCCGCACCACGCCACGGCAACGCGCCGCCGCGCGCGGGGAGCCGUCCGUCGCGCGCCGUACAUCGCCGCGGAGACGGGGCCCGCGCGGCGCGGAGCGGCGAUGUAUGACGCGCAUCCGGCCUGUCGAGUUCACACCGCGGCGCUGGCCGAUUCAAUAAAUAUAUACUAAAUCUUGAAUGACUAUAUUUUUUUACUUCACCCGGCGCUCGGAGAAGGCGGCGGAGUGAUUAGGGAGAGCAUUUAGCGAAAUUAUUGUCAUCGAUACUAAAAUACCUGACUUUUAUUUAAUUAGGAUUGACCAUUGAUGUAAUUGACAUUGAAUUAAAUUUGAAUUUGUAGAUCACCUUAUUAUAUAGUUUCUCGCUUUUCGUUUUUACGGUAAGAAUGAACUGACGCAUAUUGUGUACUAUGUACGACUAAUGUGAAUACCUUAGUACGAUUUUUAUUUAUUUGUGAUGUUGAACACUAUUGAUUUUCUACUAUGGACGAAAUGUAAAUACAACCGAUUUUAAGUAAAACGUUAUUUUGUUU